GUACCGGAGGGGAGCUCUCCGUCUCUCCGCACAGACCGAGAGCCGCAAACCGACCUCGGAGCAUCAGUGAGCGGGGAGGACCGGAGGAUGCGAGCCGGCGGUGUGUAGCGGAUCUGCCGGGACGACAUGAGUGUGAUAUCCGAGUUGAACGUUUUGAUUGUCGGCAUUGUUGGAUUUUUUUCUUAUUCACCGAGUGAAUCUGGAUGUGGAUCUGCAAUGGAGCGUCGAUCCGACGAGAGCUGCUGACCGUCUGUGAGCUAAUAUUACAGACAAUAAGGAAAGGAGAUUAGCCUUUAUAGACACAGUGGCAGUGCAACAUUUGUGUUAGAAAUUAAAGGUGUUCUUAUACACUGUAGCUAUUGUCCUUUAUGAUAUAACCAAGAAGCCACACUGAAUUUGUUAUUAAUGAUUAAAAAGAAUCAAUGGUUACACAAUUCACAGGCAGACAGGAGGCUGAUUAAAGGCAACAGUAAGAUUUUCAGCCUGUUGUGAUUUAAUAUAAUUUGUCCUUUUGUUGCUUUCAACAAAAAAAGGCAGUCAUGUCAAAAAAUAAGAGCAGCGAGUCAGUGAAGGUGGUAGUUCGAUGCCGUCCUUUGAACCAGAGAGAGGAGUCCAAUGGGCCUGCAGGGGGCAUCGUGCAGAUGGACCUGCGGCUCGGACAGGUGAUCCUCAGAAACCCUCGAGCACCGGCCAGCGAGCCCCAGAAAACAUUCACAUUUGAUGCUGUUUAUGAUGCAAACUCCAAACAGCGAGACCUGUACGACGAGAGCGUGCGGCCCCUGAUAGAUUCAGUGCUGGCAGGGUUCAAUGGCACCAUAUUUGCGUAUGGACAAACCGGAACUGGGAAGACGUACACCAUGCAGGGGGCGUGGAUGGACCCAGAGAAACGCGGUGUGAUCCCCAACGCGUUCGACCACAUCUUCACGCACAUCUCCCGCUCCCAGUCUGAUAGGCAGUAUCUGGUGCGGGCGUCCUACCUCGAAAUCUACUUGGAGGAGGUUCGGGAUCUUCUCGAUCCCAACCACGGCAGCGCCAGAGCCCUGGAGCUCCGGGAGAGUCCGGAGUCUGGGGUGUACGUGCGCGACCUCACAUCAUGUGUCUGCAAGAGCAUCAAGGAGAUCGAGGAGGUGAUGAACGUGGGGAACCAGGCGAGGGCGGUCGGGGCGACGGACAUGAACGAACACUCGUCUCGGUCCCACGCUCUGUUCCUGAUCACAGUGGAGUGCAGCCAGCCCGGACCAGAUGGGAGGAAACACAUCCGGGUCGGACGCCUCAACCUGGUGGAUCUGGCUGGCAGCGAACGCCAAGCCAAGACAGGCGUCCAGGGCGAGCGCCUGAAAGAGGCCGCCAAGAUCAACCUAUCCUUGUCAGCACUGGGGAACGUGAUCUCAGCACUGGCCGAUGGGCGCAGCGGCCAUGUGCCGUACCGGGACUCCAAGCUGACCCGGUUGUUGCAGGACUCAUUGGGCGGGAAUGCAAAAACUGUCAUGGUUGCCACCUUAGGCCCGUCCUCGCUGCACUACGACGAGACCCUCACCACCCUCCGCUACGCCAACCGCGCCAAGAACAUCCAGAACCAGCCCAGGGUCAACGAGGACCCCAAGGACGCUUUACUGCGCGAGUUCCAGAUGGAGAUCGCUCGCCUCAGGGCCCAGCUCAACCACAGGAAGUGGAGGAGCAAACAGAAGAAGGAGCAGGUGGAUGGCGAGGGCUGGGAGAGAGACGGGGAUGAGGAGACGGACGGUGAGGGGGAAGGGGAGGGGGUGGAGAAGGAGGCGGAGGACUACGUGAAGCUGGAGGAGCAGCGGUUGGAGAGGGAGAAACAGGACAUCAGAGAAGAUCAGUUCAUGUUGGCUGAGGAGAAGCAGAGGCUCCUGGGAGAGAAGGAGAGGAUGAUGGGAGAUCUGAGGAAGGAGCAGGAAGCCACCGAGCAGCUGACCGCCAAAUACAAGGCGAUGGAGAGCAAACUGCUGGUCGGUGGAAAGAACAUCAUGGAUCACACCAACGAGCAGCAGAAGAUGCUGGAGGUGAAAAGGCACGAGAUCGCUGAGCAGACGCGCAGCGAGAGGGAGAUCCAGCAGCAGAUGUUGGCCCAGGACGAAGAGACGCUGGAGCUGAGAGAGACGUUCACUUCUCUGCAGCAGGAGGUGGAGGCCAAGACCAAGAAACUCAAGAAGCUGUACGCCAAGCUUCAGUGCAUCAAAGCGGAGAUCCAGGACGUGAACGACGAGCACGUGAGGAGCCGACAGGAGCUGGAACAAACGCAGAACGAGCUCACCAGAGAGCUCAAGUUCAAGUAUCUGAUCAUAGAGAACUUCAUCCCUCCAGAGGAGAAGAAUAAGAUCAUGAACAGGCUGACCUUUGACCCCGAGGAGGAUCAGUGGAAGUUCCAGCCUCUCGUUCCCGCUGAGAGUAAAUCCUCGCAGAUGAAGAAAAGGCCGACGUCUGCAGUCGGGUACAAAAGACCGAUCAGCCAGUACGCCAGGGUUGCCAUAGCAAUGGGACCACACUCCAGAUACAGGGCUGAGAACAUCAUGUUUCUGGAGCUGGACAUGACUCCUCCUAACACCGCCUCACUGGAUCGCUCAGCGGAGUCGGAGCCGAACCAAAGUCAGUCUCUGGACAACUCGCCCACCAAGGACAGCGGCGUCCGCAAGUCUCGCUCCUGGUGCCAGACUCCAAAAUCCAUCACUUCCUCUUCUUCUAACGUUUCCCUGGCAGCAUGUCUCACUGCUACACCCAUGACGGCGCAGUAAAGCUUCAGCGGAGAGGAUUUCUUUUUUCUUUUUUUUAACCUGUUAUUUAUUUUAUUCCUUUGCUUCCUCUUCCUUCUUUUGCUCAGUGAUCCUCUGAGAGACUCUUGCAACUCUGGGACACAAUUUCUGACAGGUGAUAAACAACAUUUAGGAGUUUACAGGAAACAAAAAGACCUGAGAAACUCUGUAAAGCAUCAUUUCCUGCUGUUCUACGGAUGUAAAGACCCACCAGAACCUUUUCUUCCUUUGCAUGAGCCUCGGAUCAUUCUUCUAAAACAACUGGCUGCAGUGUGGUGCUGCCCAGACUGUGUGUGUGUGUGUGUGUGUGUGUGUGUGUGUGUAUACAGGGCCGUAUGAUUGCCUGUUUGUCAGAUCUGAACGCUCACAAACUGCUUGAACCCCCUGUAAGAUAUCAGUGUACAUAUUAUUAUAUUUCACGUAUUUUGAGGGUUUUUCGGGGCAGGUUUUCGAUGUGUUUUCUGUGUAAAAGUGGGGACGGUCAGAUAAGAAAACGAGUGAAGACGGUUAGAAAAUAUCGAUGUUUCAUGCGAUGUGUGCUGUUGUCGGUCAGACGAGGUGCUCUGAAACCUGAAUGAUGACCUUUGUCACACCUGUCGUCUCUCAUCAAUCCUCCACAGUGUCUGAUUUAAAAAGCAAAGCCUUAAAAUAAUCUCAUUAAAAUGAAAAUAGUGAGGCAUGUCACACGUCUAAAAAUCAUUUUCAGGGAUUUUUUUUUCCAUGCCAGGGCAAUGGAAAACACACAAGGCCAUUAGGACACUUUAAAUAUUGUUAUAAGUCCAUAAAAUGAAUUAUUAAUGCAAAACAAUACAGGUAAAUAGGGUAAAAAAAUCUAUAAAUCUAAAUGAAAAAAAACAUGCUAAUGAGGCAUUAUCUAAUGCCAACUUUUGGUGAAUUUAGGAAAAAUCUGCAGGCACAGAAACACACAGUGAAGAAAAGUAUACUAAUAAUAAAUCAAAAAAUAUCAUUUUACACCCCCAGAGCUCAAUGUGCUGUAUUAAAAUGGCCUGUUUUGUAAUUGCAGUAAAAACACUACAUUACUAAUUGUGAACAUUCAUUAUAGGCAGUGUCUCCUAUAUUCAAUGGGGGAAAAAAAGGCAAAAAUCUCCCCUAAAAAACGCGAUGGAGGGGAUAAUAUUGCUCCCAAGAUUACAAAAUACACUGCUGCCUCGAUACAUUUGUUUGCUUGUUUUUUGUGGGAUUUUGGUGUUUUAAAGGGUUAUUUCAGAGUCACCAAAGUCACACAAUAACACAAACAAACUAAUCGACAUAGGCAGCAAUAGACCAGCAACUCCUGUGUUCUGCCAGGUAAAAUUAUGUUUUUGUCAAAGUGUCUGAGGGUUUAAUGAGAACAUUAAUAACAGCUUCAGUUCCCCUCAAGUAAAGUCAAACAAGGCUGUCUGAUGGCAAUGUAAAGAAGUGAAAAUAUUCUAAAUAUAGCAUACAAUUAAACUGAUAUUGUUUUUUAUGUGUAUAAAUUACAUUAAGCUGCUAAGUAACUCAAUCAACUCCACUUCAAUAAAUCAGAACUUUCCCUUUAAAAAAAACACACUCAAAGAUUCCCUUCAGUUUACAUUUAUUCACCUGAUGCUUGUAUGAAGAUGAUGAAGCUACAGCGGCUGCUUUAAACAUUCAGCGUUAAAUAUAACUACAGCAUCAAAUAUGCAUAGAAUAAAGCACACCUGCUUAGUGGUCGGCCGUUGAAGUUGAAGUUUACCUCAGUGAAUAGUUGUUUGGACAGCCGUCUGCAGUUUAGUGUCAGCGGGUUCUUUAGCUGAGGUUAAGAGCAGCAGACAGCGGGGGUCAGGCCGACUAAUUAUCACUGUAUUAUUGAUGCCACAGAUCCAGUUGCAGCUGAACCCCCCUGAUAGACGUGAGACAGCACAGAACAGAUCAUCACUAGUGUGUAGAAAUUUAUAACCAAUGUGCUGCAGACUUUUUUUGCUUUUUUGACCUUUUUUUUUUUUUUUACAAUACAUUAUACAUUAAAUUGUCACUCUUUCUGUGCAAAACGUCUCAAACAUGAAACCACAUCACAAUAAUAUCAGAUAACAAAGAGACUCACACUGCCUAACAUGCAAACAAAUACAUUUAUUUUGUAUAUUUUGUGCCUUUUUGGCUUAUAUUUGGACACAUUGUGAGUUUGACAGUGUGCUGGAGUUUGUUUGGAACUUUUAAUCUAAUUGUUCCUCUCCUUCACGUCUGUCUCAUGUAUGCAAACUGUUUUUAGUCUAAAUAUCUGAUAUUUUAUUAGUUAUAUUCAUUGUGGUUGAAUCUGCUCACAAAUAAGUAAAAACUAAGUCAAAAUUUGACCUAAAUGUUAAAAAUGUCUAUCAGAAGCCCCCAGAG